AUGACACUCUUUCGUUUUCCUAUUCUGCUACUUCUCUGCGGGUACUUGCUAGGUGGCGCCGCGGAACCCACCGCAGCGGAUAUUGCCGGCGCGGCUUUGGGUAGUCGAAAGGCCGCAGAGCAAUAUGCGGAAAGGCUCUUGUUCCGUAGCCAUCAGGGACAUGGCUUUGCCGCCGAACAUGUCAACAACUUCGUUGAGAACCAUAUGUCGGACCAUACCUCUGCCGUCGUGGGGGGCAACAACGAGAGGAAUGGUCCUGAUCGUAUCAGGACAGGAAGCCAGUUCCGUGGAGGCGCCCAGCGUGUGCAAGUCAAAUACUGGAAGACGGGUCUCCUAUCGGUUGUCGACUGCUUUGACCCGAAAACGGGACUCUUCAUGUACCUAAACGAGGACGGGACGCCUAUGGUAAUCGAAGUCGCCAAGGACAAUUACGAGGCGGCGGUCGCCGCCAUGAAGACAAGAAUCAUGCAAGGCAAGGUGCCUGGCGUGACCGAUGUGGCUGCCGCGGAGAAGCUCAAUUCCCGCGGGCAUAUUACGUAUCUUCAAGCCAGAAACAUUGCCCGUUUCGGAACCGUGGAUGGGCUUUUCUUCGAUGCGCAGACAGGAGCAGUCACAUCGCUCGCUUCCGGGGGAAUAUCGAUGUUCCUUACGUUCGCCGGAGAUAUAUGGAAAGGAGAGGAUUUCGAUAAAGCUAGCGGAAAUGCCUUCCGCGCCGGAGGGAGGUCACUGAGCACUUCAAUCUUCACGCAUGUUCUAUCCUCGCAAGUGGCUCGCUCUCGCAUUGAAUUACUUCUCCGUCCUAUGACGGAUUCCGUGGUCAAAAAGCUAGGAGCGGCCACCGCUGCAACCAUGGCCAGUACCGUUAGCGGCAAGACCAUACACGGGGCCGCAGCGAUGUCUCACAUCUCGAAACUCAUGAGAGGCACGAUCGUUACAAACACCAUCUCCACCACUAUCAUGUCAUUGUGGGAUGUCAAGCAGUACUACAACAGUGAAAUCGGCGGCGGGCAAGCAAUCAAGAACAUUGGAAAAACCGGUACUGGGGUGGCGGCAGGCGGAGCGGGUUGGACCGCCGGAGCUGCUUUGGGCGCAACCGUUGGGUCAGUCGUUCCUGGCCUCGGAACAGUGGUGGGAAGUGUCGUCGGCGGGGUAGUCGGUUCAGUAGUCAGCGGUCAGCUCGGGUCGCACGUUGCCGAUGUCACCCAAACGAAAGUCUUCCGCAUCAAGGACGACAAUGCUGUCAUGAUGGACUACAUCCACCAAGUCAUUGAAGACUUGGCCAACAAUUAUCUGCUGACGGAGGCGGAAUUCGACAUCUUGAUGGACCAUCUGAAGGGUGACAUCUUGGAGUCCAUCAUGUCUGAGAUGAAGAAAGCUAGGAAAGUGACCAAAAUGGGAGACACCGCCCUUUCUCAGACCGCCAGACUUCACAUCGAGCCUAUUUUGGAAAGCAUUAGAGAAAAGAAUUUGGUCAAACGCUCUCUCCCAGAAUCGGAGCCGGCGGACGGUACGAAAACCGGAUUGGUGCUUGAAUCCGCCUCGGAGAGAGAAGAUUACUACCCCAAAGGUCAGACGGGACGGGCGUUGGGUGAUGCCUUUGAGAAUCUGUUCACAUGA